AUGAAAGAUUCCAGUAUUUUCGCUUGUAGAAUGUGGCUGUUUGUAUUUAUCCUAAUCAGCUGUGUACUUGUUGAAGUAAAGUGUGCUAAUGCUACAGACAAAACAACUCUAAAUGCAGCCUUACUCACCGGAUACAACCCGAACGUACUUCCAGGAUCCGACUAUUCAACGCAACUUCUCAACAUCAACGUUAGUUUCAUGUUUUCGUCUCUUCAGUCUUUUGUGGAAGUCACGGGAGAACUUUCCAUCGUAGGCUAUUUUGAAAUAUUUUGGAAAGAUGAACGAUUAGCGUGGGAUCCCGCUACCUAUAACUAUGUGAAUGGCACACACUUGAAACAGAAGGAGAUCUGGACUCCACCAUUUAUGCUCGUCGACAGUGCUGAAGAUGUCAAAAUUAUUGGCGAUGAGGACAUGCAUUUGAGUGUGGACUACACAGGCGUUGUAAUGUGGUCUCCUCCGGCUAGGAUUCUUUCGGCAUGUGACGCUGAUGUCACUUACUAUCCUUUUGACCGACAGACGUGUGUGAUGAGAUACAUGCCCUGGGGAUACACAGCAAGCGAGAUCCAGCUAAACGUAAUAUAUUCUUCUUUUCUUAUGGACAUUUUCAGUGAAAAUCCAACUUGGAAAUUAAUCAGCACAGGAUUCAAAUCAGUUCAAACUCCAUUUCUACGUUUUGAAAUGAGUGUUCAGUUUGAAAGGAGGAACGCAUUUUUCGUUGUCAAUUUGAUAUUGCCCAUCAUCUUUAUGUGUUUAACAAAUAUGUUUGUGUUUUUGAUUCCGGCGGAUUCUGGAGACCGGAUGGGUUUUUCUACCACUUUACUCCUGACGAUCGCGGUGUUUCUUUCGAUUGUAACUGCCGCUUUGCCUCAGUCCUCCACCCCAUCCAUCUCGUUACUCUGCUAUUUACUCAUCGUCCACAUUCUGUUGAGUAUGUUGGUAAUGAUUUGUACAAUUAUCGGAUUGAGAAUGUUUAUGAAACCUCCAGAGGAACCGGUACCUAAAUGGUUAGCGAAACUUACAAGAUUUGUUCACGUGAUCACAUGUAAGAAACAUAAGGUUAAUCCUGAAAAAACAGAGAAGAAAGAUGAGGUUGAAGACAUGACUGAGAACGACGACAAGAAAGUCGAUGACUACAUUACGUGGAUUGUUGUCAGUAAUGCAUUUGAUAAGAUCUGCAUGGGCUUUUUCAUGAUGACAGCGAUGUCGUUUAAUCUAACUUUUCUCUUUGUAUUAUCUACUUCAUCGUGA